CUAAAUCUUAAAAAUACUAAACCCAAAAAUAAAUCUUAAACCCUAAAUCAAAACACUGAACCAUAAACCCUGAAUCUUGUGUGUGUUUGAAGUCGGUCAUGAGGAUUUGAGGUUUAUAAAAAAAAUUGCAAAAAGGUUUAUAAUAAUUCACAUGAAAAUCAUUUAAUAUCCUCUUUUUGUAUUUUAUAAUCAUCUCUUGUUUCUUUUCUUGGCCAUAUUAUAUAUUUGACAAAUCAUUGUAUCUAAGUUUCUUUGAUUACACGUAUAAGUUUAUGUGCACAUGUGUCUCUGCAGAGACCCCAGAAGUAAUUAGCUUGAGAAAAGAUCCCUCCGUUGAGAAGUAGAGGGAGUCUUACGACUCAACCAACAGUCGCAAAUUAUCUAGUUUGGCAUAAAACUUAUUUUAUCUUUUGUGCAUUCAAAAGAUCAUGCCGACUAUCACUUCCCAAUGAGGGAUUUCUCUCUUAUUUGUUUCUUUCUCCGUUGCCUUCAGUUAGAAAGAUGGCUCCACCAACAAUAGGUGGACACUCUUAUGGGAGAUCACCGAAAGCCAAAAAGACGAGUGCUACCGCACGUGCUUCUCGAUUGUCUAAUCGCAAUGGUUUAGAUCUACAUCAACAUAGAGCUGGUUUAUGUUCAUAUGCCAAAGUUCAUGAUGUGCUGGAAGCAAACAACGAAGACUUCUCUUUUAUUGCUGUGAUGAAGAAAACACAUCAAAAACCGGACGGAACUUACGUUGAUGAGCGAGCUCGAUUGGUUGCAGACACUUAUGAAAAGCAUGUACAAGAACGCCUGGGACAACUUGAAUCUUCUGGUCUACAGAAUGUGACACCUGAGAAUCUUGAUCAGUGUGAGAAAAACGAAAUAUUUAUCAAGGAUGCUGGAACAUCUAAACAAGGACAUGUCUUUGGACUUGGAGCACUACACAGUAAGGUUUUACCAUCUAUUGAAGCUCCAUCGAAUGAAUCACAUGCUUCUGAAGAAGUGGAAAUAAUAACAAAAAGAUUGCAAGAGGUGGAAGCAGGCUUAAACAGAGCUGUAAAGAGAAUCUACAGUUUUGAAAAAAAAAAGACUUGAAAAUAUGGAAAAGCUUGUUCAGUCAAUCACAAGUCUGAAUGUCUAGGUCUGGAUCCACCACCAACACUAUCCAGUUUCCAUGGAGUACGUUCACCACAUGUUCUUAGUAUCUUUUAUUAUGUAUUUUGUUAAGGCUUUUUUCUUGUUGUUAUCUUUGCAAACCUACUUCGUUCUUUGAUUUGGAUGCUAGUUCUUGGUGGUAAUUUAACGUUUUAUUAUGUGUUUCAUUGUAUGUAUUAUAGAUAUUUGAAAAAUAAUUACGUAGUCACGAUAUACGACUAA